GGAAAAAGUAAAAGGGGAAAUCCUAAAAUUUACAUAGUCGAUUUUAACCAGCAUCUGAUUCUAAGAAUUCUUCAUGACGAACUUUCUCGAAUAAUUUUAAUGACAUGUUUUUAUAUAAACAAAUUUUCAUGAGAAUACUAAUACACUCGUAUUUAACCUUGCCCGAUUUAUCGUGAUUGUGAUAGUAUCUUGAUUGUUCAUUGCUUAAAUGGAAUUACACAACUCACCUUUUGAAUCUGAACGAAUUGGAAUAGUUUAAAAAGUGAUUGUAAUCUGUGAAGUGGAACCAAAUCUAUAAGAUCUAAUUUGAUAAAUUGAAGUAGGUAGUCUUAGGCAAGAGCUUGGAUAUGGAAAAGGUAGAUGUUGAACCAAACAUUCCUACGAUAGAGCUGAAACCUGAAAAACCAAGAAGAAAACCUCCCCCUCCUGGUUUAAAAGAUGAUUUAACAGUUAUAGCUCACAUUUGUGUUGUUUUCUAUUUCAUACUUAUUUGUUAUCUUUGUUUUGUGAGACCUUUCGAAUUCUUUACCUGGCAUCCUCUGUUGUUAUCAUUAGGGUGGAUGCUUUUAAUGACCGAGGGAAUUCUGAUUAUUUCCAAAGAAAAUCCAGUUGUGAGGAAAUUGCGGCUCAAUCAUACCUGGAAACUCAGAUACCACUGGAUUAUAUUAUCAAUAGCUCUUUUGCUGGUUUUUAUAGGAUUUUUGAUAGCAGUAGUGAAUAAAAACAGACUUAACAAGAAGCACUUCAAAAGUUGGCACGCAUUAUUUGGACUAAUAUCAUUAGUUGCAUGCAUUCCAGCCGUAAUAAAUGGAACAGCAGCCUUGUUUGAUGUAGAACUGAAAAAGUAUAUCAAGCCAAGUAUUAUUAAGUUGAUACAUCAAGCUAGUGGAACAAUUGCAUUCCUGUUUGGAGGACUAGCUGUUGUCUUAAGUGUUUACACAAAAUGGUUUGCCAAAAGUUCUAACAAUAACAAAUAUUUAUUUCUUCUGGGACUUGCUACAACUUUAUAUUCUGUGAUAUGGACCUUGCAACGACCACUAUUAAAAUGUUUUAGAAAACUAUUUAAAUUGUGAUAUACUGUAUUCCAACCCAUUAAGAAUUUAAUAGAGUCUACUAUAAUAAAUAUAUAUUUAACGUGUUAUAGUUUUAGACAGUUCAGUUGAAAAAACUUAUACAUCAAUUUGUUAUUCUGUAAAGUAGUAAUUAUAUACUUUAAAAAAAUGAAUCUGAAGAAUAUACUAAAGCAAUUUUGAUCUAUGAAUUCAACAUAAUUUUGAAUAAAAUAAAAAUAUUUAUCUCUCCCUAGUUCCAAGCAUCUAUAUUCCAUUCCAUCUACAAUUCCUAUUGAAAAACUGAUCAUUUUCUGGCAUAUCAGUUCCUAGUUUUAUGACCUACUAGUUGCAGUAUUCUGACGAAAUAUUACUGACUUAUGAUUAAGCCUUUCAUUUGUGUUGGUUCCAGUAACAAUUUCCCCAUCAGAAUUUUUAUUAGUACUGCGGUCACAUGAAACUUUGUUUGAGAGAAAUAGCAAAAGUAUUUUGUCCAUUUCCUGAAAGAAACACAGUUUUUCUCGAAAUUUUCAGUUAUUGGAAAGCCACUGACAAAAUUGAGAAAAAAAUAUUUAGAAAAUUUGAGAUCCUGCUCAGUUUCUAAGAAACCCUCGUUACUAUCGUACCUCAUUGAAAUUUAUGUUCAACCAGAAAAGUGGUAAUUCCCAGAAAUAUAUCAAAGUUUUAUAGUUGAAAAUAUCAAUAUCUCACUGGUAAAAGUAAAGAACAAUUGUAUCAAUACAGCAUUAAACUGUAAAAUAUGA